GUUAGGGCUAACCCUGUCAGGUUGAGCCCAUAUUAACAUCCCUACCUGUAGGUAACAUCCCUAGCUACAACACCCCUACUGCUUUCCAGAGCCCACAUGAACUCGUUGGUGUUUCUUCCCCAGCAUCUGGAUGCACAGCUUGUGGAGCCACGAGUAGCUCCUCUCCUUCUAGUCACUUGGGCUUGAACGGUACCACCACAAAUCCUCCCUCAUCUGCGACAUCUCUUCCCUGGUUGUUCUUAUCUACCUAUGGUUCUUUUCCUUUGCUGUUUGGCACACCAAAUCUUGCGGCUUAUGGUACAUCAACAACUCCAGCAGUCCAAGCCUAUGCUAUUAUGUUUGGAACACCAAAUCUUACUUGUCAAGGUACAACAGCAACUCCAGCAGUUCAAGCCUAUCCUAUUAUGUUUGGAACACCAAAUCACGUUGCUCAAGGUACUACAGCAGCUCAGCCCUAUCCGACAAUGUUUGGAUCAUCAAAUCUUGCUGCUCAAGGUACUACAACAACUCCAGCAGCUCUGCCCUAUCCUACAAUGUUUGGAUCACCAAAUCUUGCUGCUCAAGGUACAACAACAACUCCAGCAGCUCAGCCUUAUCCGACUAUGUUUGGAACACCAAGUAUUAUUGCUCAAGGUACUACAACAACUCCAGCAGUUCAGCCCUACGCUAUUAUGUUUGGAACACCAAAUCUUGGAGCUCAAGGUAUAACUCCAGCAGCUCAAGCGUAUCCCGUUAAUGGUUUAAAUCUUCUCCCAUUCUCCGCCAUGAGUCUGCAGUAAUUGCUCCUCGCUCUCUGCAUCAAACUUGUGUAUUUUAUCUUGUAGGUCUAAGGUCUUUGUUUUUCCUUCAUAAACCAAGUCUCGUCCAACUUUAUGAUAUUUUUUUCUUCUAUCAUGGAUGCAAACAAGUCUCCUCUGUUUUGAGCUUAUCAAUAAAACCUCCUUUCCCUUCUA